CGGGGGGAAGGCCCAGGCCAUCACUGGCCAGGAGACGGAGUGGCCCUUUAUGUACCCUGGCCCUUUGCUCUGCAACAAUUACACCCCCUUAUCCCACCACCUAGAGACGUAAGAACUGCCUAGGGGAAACUGAGGCACCGCUACAAUAUUCAGAGGAAAUAUUAAGAACAGUCCCACUUCAUCACAUUCCUCCUCCCCCCACAGAUCAUGACACGCCCCUCGGCUGCCAACAAGAACUUCCCGUACCAUGUGCGCACCUCACAGAUCGGCAUCGUGGAGGAGGGGGCGCCCGGCACCAAGUUCCCCCACCACGUCUACGGCAACGUGACCUUCAUCAGCGACUCCGUCCCCAACUUCACCGAGCUCUUCUCCAUCCCCCAGGGCCCGGUGGGGGGUGCCACCAACGCACGUGAGCAGGUGGAGGAGACGCCGACGGAGCGGAUGACGUCAGAGCUCAGCAGGCCCCAUGUGCUGCUGAAACCCCCCCUGGGGGGUGAGAGCCAGCCCCCCCCAUACCAGCUACAGGCCCCCCAGCUGCACCCCCCCAGCGGCUACACCGAGUACUUCAGCAUGCACACGGGGGUGCACGGCCCGUCUAGGGGCCCAUCCCCCGUAGUCUGCCCCAGCCGCUGCAGACUGAGGGGGCCGGACCGCUACAGGCCCCCCCCCAUCCAUGUAACCCCUUCCUCCUGGGUAGCUCCUUCAUGCCUCCCUCAUGGCCCCCAGCCUCCUGCCUCAGUGACCCCACGGGGCCCCCCCAGCACGGCUGCCCCCAGCGCGCUGAUGGGGCUGGAGUGGGGGGUGAGUGGCCUCCCAUGGGAGUGUCCCAGCUCCCCUUCCCCCCACAGUGUGGGGGGGCUGGGACUGAAUGAACAUGGGGGUUGAUCCCCACAACAGGGCUGGGAGCCCUCUCUCCCCCCCACCGUGAGCAUCGGCUGGGGACCCAACCCCCACCCACCCCUCCCCUGGCGCCUAUCGAGUGUGUGGGGGGGCAGUGCUCUUGUUACCAUUCCCUCCCAUACCCAGGCUACCUGUCCUCCCACCCCAGUCAACCCCCUCCCCAAGUUCCCUGUGCCCCCCAAGGACAUUGCCCCCCAGCCCUUCCCCCACCCCCACUUCUGUGCCACAGAUUCUGGCGCCGAAAUUUCUGGAGUUGUUUUUGCCAAAAUAAAGAGGAUUCUUGUGUUUCUA